UAUGGCGGCGGCGGCUGGUCCUCCCUCCCCGGCGAUCUCCUCAAAGAGGUCUCCGCCCGGCUGUCCUCGGACGCCGACCACCUCCACAUCCACCAGGUAUGUGCCCACUGGCGAGCUUUCACCUCUCUCCUAGCCGCCUGCCGCCCAUGGAUCGUCACCGGCCGCGCGGCUCGGGCCGGAUUUGAACCAAUCGGCGAGUACUCCAUCCGCCUCCCUCGUGGCGACGCACGGAGGUUGGAAGUUCGUGCUCCUCCGGCCGGCCUCCCCUACUGCUGCGGCGCGUCUCGGGGUUGGCUGGCCCUGGUGGACGAUGAUCAAUCCCCAACGCGGCUCGUGCUGUGGGAGCCUCUCUCCGGCGCCGAGAUCCCCCUCCCGUGUCUGAGUCCCCUCACCCGCAUCUUCGUCUCCGAUGAUCCACUCGCAUCGUCGGACUGGAUUGCUAUCGCCGCUCAGAUAAAAGGUUCGAUAGGUCAGAAGACUCUCAUCUGGUGCCCUGGAGAUGCUACCUGGACCAUGAUGAACGAGCGAGGUACAAGCGCAAUCGACACCAUUGCGUUCCAUGAUGGAAAAGCAUACUACAUUGACAUUCAGAGAAACAUUGUUAUCUGUGAUCUAAGCACUGGAUCUGAUCCUUCUCCCAAGUGUACUCCAAUCUUCUAUGCUUCCUUUGUAGUGAACAAGCUCUGCAGGUGCCACAGGCUUCACGCCGUGCGCGGGGCCCACCUGGCUGUGUGCAAUGGCGAGCUGCUGCUUGUGGUGUUGUACUGGGGAAGCCAUCCGUGGCCGGCUGAAGUCUACAAACCAGUUUGGACGCCUAACCAGCGCUUGGAGCUCCAUGAGAGGGUGAGAGACCUUGGCGACCACUCACUAUUUGUGGGAAGAGGUGAUACCUUUGCCCUAUCUGCAAAGGAGUUUCCUGCGAUCAAGAGGAAUUGCAUCUACUAUGCGGAUAUAGCUUGUAACAAACCAUAUUGGAUAUCUGUGUUCCAUUUGGAAUCUAAUGAUGUUGUGGAAACAAUUCCUUACCCGAAGGAGCUCAAGGAGGACAGAACCAAUUGGAGGCCAUAUGCCUGGUUUUGUGCUAGAAAAUCCUUCCUUAAGUAGUUUAAUGGUCCUCUUAACAAAUGCUGUUUGUUUAAGGCUGGUUUACUAUGUGGGAAUUUCCUUAUGAAAUUCCCAUUCCAUCUCUCUAGUCUCUAGAAUGCAGGAAGUUCCUUAUGAAAUUCCUUCGGUUCUGAUACUUUGUAUUAGGGAAAUUUAUGUAUCCCUGUGUGUCCUGUUCAUAAUGCUAUUGUCAACCU